CUCCUAUAUUCUCCGCCUCUUGAUUAUCCUAUCCCCUGGAGAACACGCAUGCAUAUAUCCACCACCGCGCGCCGUGCACGAAGUGUUUGAUUAGCUAGUUGAACAGACAGAGAGCAGGAGGAGCAGUGUGUGACCAGACCACUGAGAAUAUGAAGGCUGCCGGACGCAGCAGCUUGUCGCUUCCGGUGGCGGUGGUGAUCAUCAUCGCCGGGUGCUGCGGCCAGUGCGGCGCGCAGCUGCCGAUCCCGGCAAGGACGGACGGGUUCGUGUGGGGGACGGCGCCGGCGCCGGCUUGGGGCGGGGCGGUGGUGGUGGAGGCCUUCUUCGACCCCGUCUGCCCCGACAGCCGCGACGCCUGGCCGCCGCUCCAGAAGGCCGCCCAACACUACGGCGCCGGCCGCGUCGCCGUCGUCGUGCACCUCUUCCCGCUGCCUUACCACAGCAACGCCUUCAUUGCUUGCCGGUCAAUUCACACAGUCCACAAGAUAAACUCGUCAGCUGUGUAUCCACUACUUGAGAGUUUCUUCAAAUACCAGGAGGGUUAUUACAACCAACCGACAUACACAAAAUCAAGAGCAGCCGUUGUGGCCGAAAUAGCAAACAACCUCGUUGCACCUGUAAUUGGUGAAGCCAAUUUGGCAGCAUACAAAGCUGGUUUCAAUGACUCACAGUCUGAUCAGGCCACACGAAUUUCUUUCAAGUAUGGUUGUGCACGAGGUGUGACUGGAACACCCUACUUCUUUGUGAAUGGCAUACCGCUUUGUGACUCUGGCUCCCCUUUGGACUACAACAAAUGGGUAUCCACCCUUGAUCCAUUGGUGGGCAAGAUGUAGGGACUUGUGUCUUGGUGCAAAUGAACUUGAAAAUAACCGAAUAAUGUAUUGAGUAGAAAAGUGUUGAUGGAACUACACAAACCGUCACAAAUAAUUUAUGUAAGUUGAGCUUGUAAUUUUCUCGAAGGCCACUGAAAGGUUUAUUAGUUUAGCCCCUCAUCAACAAAGGCUUGACAACUUCAUAACUUAUUCCAGUUAUUACAAAAAUUCGACAACUU